ACCUGGCCACACUGUACCACACCGCUCCGCCAUUUUAGCUGAAAACUUUUGCAAUUUUUCGGACAAGAGCACGCGAAGAAUGUAAAUAAUUGCGAGAUUACAUACGGACGACAGCGAGCAACGGCCAGUGACUAGUUAAUUGCUUUAAGGCUGAUCCGUGGUUAAGUGUGAGAGCAGCGCGCCGCCGGUUUCGAUUCCGGCUCCGGCUCAGGCAACUGUACGAGGCGCGUGUGCGAGUGCGACAGAGACGGACGGUCCCGUGUGCCUGUGUGUGUGUGUUUGUAGGAGCGUGCAAAAGUGGAAAAUAGUAUUUACGCCAAGAGAGAGGAGUUUUCCCGGCUCAGGAUGGCCGACGUGGUCUUGGACUUGUACGCCGAGGACCUGGACAAAGACUUUGCCGGUCAGGCUCAGGACGAGUUUGGCGGCGAUGGCGUCGAUUUGUAUGAUGACAUUGGCGGCCCCACAGAGGCAGCCGCCUCGGGUGGCGGCGGCGGCGGCACACCCUCAGCGGACGGAGCCGCCGGACCCGGCUCCGGGGAAUCGGCUUCCAGCGGCGCUGGCGGUCCCAAUGGAGUUUACCACCAGGGCGGUGGUAGCCUCACUCCGACCAUGAACCGCCGCUACCAGCUCUACGUGGGCAAUCUCACCUGGUGGACCACCGACCAGGAUAUUGCAAAUGCACUCCGCGACAUCGGCGUCGGUGACUUGCAGGAGGUGAAGUUCUUCGAGAAUCGGGCCAACGGGCAGUCGAAGGGCUUCAGUGUCAUCUCGCUGGGCUCGGAAUCGAGCCUGCGAGCCACUCUAGAUCAGCUGCCCAAGAAGGAGAUGCACGGCCAGGCGCCGGUGGUGACGUAUCCCAGCAAGCAGGCGCUCACCCAGUUCGAGAGUCUGCAGAAAACGCGUCCGGUGCCGCCGCCUCAACAGCAGAACGGUCCGCCAAGGGGUCCGUCGCUGCCCAGCAUGGGAAGUGGUCCGAUGCCAUCGCAUCCGGGCGGGCCGCAAGGUGGAGGGCCACCGGGUCAUCCGCCGCGCGGCAUGAACAGCAUUAUGCAGCCGGGGGGACAGUACCGGCCGCAGCACAUGUCGCAAGUGCCCCAGGUGGGCGGACCAAACUCGGGACCUCCGCGUAUGCAGCCGCCGAUGCAUCCGCAAGGCGGGCUCAUGGGCAACCAACAGCCGCCACCACGGUAUCCAUCAGCGCAGGGCCAAUGGCCAGGUCAGCAAAGGCCAGGCGGACCACGGCCAGGUCCACCGAACGGACCGCCGCAGCAGCGACCAAUGUUCCAGGGAGGACCCAUGGGCAUGCCGGUAAGAGGUCCACCGGGUCCCGAUUGGCGUCGUCCGCCCAUGCACGGCGGUUUCCCGCCCCAGGGACCGCCGCGUGGCCUCCCGCCGGCGCCAGGUCCGGGUGGACCACAUGGCGCACCCGCUCCUCACGUAAAUCCGGCAUUCUUCAAUCAGCCCGGUGGUCCCGCUCAACAUCCGGGCAUGGGUGGUCCACCGCAUGGUGCUCCUGGUCCGCAGCCUGGCAUGAAUAUGCCCCCGCAACAGGGCAUGAAUAUGCCGCCGCAGCACGGACCGCCGCCUCAGUUUGCGCAGCAUGGACCACGCGGUCCGUGGCCGCCGCAGCAGGGUAAGCCACCGGGUCCCUUCCCAGAUCCCCAAAUGGGUCCCCAGCUCACGGAAGUGGAGUUUGAGGAGGUGAUGAGCAGAAAUCGAACAGUUAGCAGCUCGGCGAUUGCCAGAGCUGUUUCCGAUGCCGCAGCCGGUGAAUAUUCGAGCGCCAUCGAGACACUGGUCACGGCAAUUUCCCUGAUCAAACAGUCCAAGGUGGCGCACGAUGAGCGCUGCAAAAUCCUGAUCAGCUCGCUGCAGGAUACGCUACACGGAAUCGAGGCCAAGAGCUACAAUCGGCGCGAGAGGUCGCGUUCCAGGGAACGAUCCCACCGCAGUCGUCAGCGACGCGAGCGCUCUACGUCCAGAUAUCGUGAGCGUUCAAGGGAGCGCGAACGUGAUCGUGAUAGGGAGCGUGAGAGGGAUGCUGGCUAUCGUGAGCGGUCUCGCAGCAGAGAACGGGAACGUCAGGCCCCAGAUCACUACAGGGAUGAUAGCCGCUCGGCACGUCCACGAAAAUCACCAGAGCCCGUAGUGGCCGAGGCUGCAGAGGCACCUUCUUCGAAACGCUACUACGAGGACCGCGAGCGGUAUCGCUCCUCGGAUCGGGAACGGCGUGACCGUGAUCGGGACCGUGACCGCGAGCGAGAACGUGACCGUGACAGGCGUGAGGAGCAUCGCUCCAGGCAUUGACUGCCGGAGAUGUUUGAAGCGAAGGAGGAGGAGGAGCAGCAGCGUCUGUGGCAAUGGAUACGAGAGUAAAGAUACAACACACAGAUACAUAUACUAAACACACACACACACUAUAUUAACAAAUAACAAGCAGCCACAGAGCUUGGUGGGAGGACAAGCUGGCCGCCACAAUUAAAAGAUUUUCGAUUUGUAUCUAACAUUACCAAUACGUAGGAUAUGAACAUAUGGCAUACAGCAUAAAUAGUUCCCUCUAGACAUACUAAAGUAAGCCGAAAUGCUAACAAGUCUCCACCAACGACGGACGGGACUGUCUCCGCAUCAUCCUGGUCUCCCAUCUCAGCCGUAGCAGUAGCAGCCACACCAGCAGCAACAGCGGCGGAUGGAGCAUCGGAGGAGGAUGGGGCAGUCAGCGUGGGACUCUUUGGACACUGAUGAGCACUGGAUCAUCAAACUACGAACAACUAGCAAUCCUGCACCGCCAUCUUCGCAGCAGAAAUUCAAUUUUAUUGUACUCUUAAUAUUUCGGUUUAUUUAAUAAAAACAUAAACGUAUGAAAAAAGAAUUGUUCAAAAAAAGGAAAAAAAAGAAAAGUAACCUUUACCAAAACUUUCUUGCAUUGUGUGUGUCUCUCUCUCUCUUGUACUCUUUUUAUAAAACCAAAGACCUAAUAUUAUUAGUUAACGAAUUUAUAUAUAAUUGUACAACAACAAAAUUGUAUGUAAAAAUGCAACAAGAAGCGAUAUUGAAAUUGUUAUAUUAACAAAAAUCGUUAGCCCUAAUGUACUUCCAUUGAGAUUACGAGGUUCUUUUGUUGUAAACACUCCUCAUAUUUAUUUUAUUUAUUUAUUACCAUAAACUAUGCUUAAGUCGAUCGAUCCAUAUAUAUAUUUGUGGU